AUGCACAGGGCCAAACCGACCAUCGUCGUGCGGCAACUUGGGCGGCAGCCCUACCUGCCAACUCUGCACAUGCAGCAAACGUUGGCCCACUCUCUCAAAUUGACCGAAGCCGCGAGGGACACCUUGAGCACACACCAUCCCACCACCACCGCCUCAGCAGCUCUAGGGCAGCCGACGCCACAAGACACGCUAUUGCUCGUGGAGCACGAUCCGCCAGUCUACACGGUGGGACGGCAGAACACCGAAGAGGACUUCCUCCUGCCCAUCCACACCCUCGAAGAGCGAGGCUGCCAGGUCGUCAAAACCGGCAGAGGCGGCGCCGUGACGUGGCAUGGGCCUGGCCAGAUCGUGGGCUAUCCCAUACUCAACCUUAAUCGCUACACGCCCAGCUUCGGGUUGAAGAGUCACACCACAUCCGACGUCGGUGUGUGGAUCGACGGGCAACGAAAGAUCGCGGCCAUUGGCAUCGCCGUGUCUCGUUGGGUCACCAUGCACGGAUUUGCGCUGAAUGUGUGCCCUGACCUCGCCCACUACGAUGCCAUCAUUCCAUGCCGAAUUCGCGACAAAGAAGUUACAUCUCUGGCGAAAGAGUUGAACCGCCAAGUGAGUGUGGAGGAAGUCACGCCGGUGCUUCUUGAGAGCUUCAGGCAGGUGUUCGGCAACGAGUGGUGCUCGCUCUCUUCCCCAAACGACACAACCUACCCAGAGAAGUCUAGACAAUAA